CUCUGUUGUGUGAUCUCCUUAGUUGAUGAAAAAAACAAAUGGCGGAUUGGGGUCCGGUGUUGAUAGGAGUAGUCCUGUUCCUAUUUUUGUCGCCGGGUUUGUUGUUUGAGAUACCAGGCAACAAUAGGCCGCUUGAAUUCGGAAGCAUGAAGACCAAUGGAAAGGCCAUAGCUUUCCAUACUAUCCUCUUUUUCGCCAUCUACUCCAUCCUCACCCUUGCUCUUCAUGUCCACAUCUACACUGGCUGAUCGAUUGUAAGUAGUUGUUUUCAAUUGAUCAUGUUUGUGACAUGAUUGGAACAAUUUGAUCUUGAUGAAAAGAAAAGGUUAAUUUCCAGACUUUAUUUAAUCUUGUAUGAUUGCUAGU